CCGGAAUCCAUUAAACGAAGUUUAAAUAACCUCUUUGCGGUUUACAUUAAAACCGGUUUUCUUAAUGAGGCGGAGAAUACAAUUAACAUCGUUUUCAUUUCUGGAAAUAGAGACGGUGAUCGAUACGCCACUUUGGAAAAGCUUCAAUUGGUGUUGGCGUUGGAAUCGAGCUCGGCUACUAAACCCAUCGGUGCAUCAGAUGGUGAUGGUAGUGCAUCGACCGAUGACGCAGUCAUUUCAGCCGGAGAAUUACAUUCGUGUUGCUGUUUGUUGCCGUGCCCGCCGGAGUGUACCAGGAAUCGAACCAAAUCUCAGGCGGACAGUUCUAGUAGCACCAAUAAUCUCUCGGCUUUACACGCAGCUCUUCUUGAAGCCGCUGACCGACAUGCAGAUGAACAGCGGGCGGCUAUUAUACUCGUCGCUCGGAUCGACGAUAUCCUGCGCAGCGGGAUAGACGUCAAUGUGACGGACGAAAGGGGCGAAACGGCUCUGUCCUACGUCAAAAUUCUAUUGAGAAAAGGUUGCUUCCGGCUGGCACACCAGAUUGCGUCCCACCUGCUGGAUCAUGGCGCUCUAAUCGACGCUGAAGACAACGGCCAACAAACUUUAUUGUCGCAUUCCGUGGCAGCCCUGGAUGGAGCUUCCGAUUUAACGCGUUUGCUUCUCAACCGCGGAGCGGAUGUUUGGCACCGCAACGCAACCGGAGGCGACAGUCCAUUUGGUUCUUUCUUGCAGGCCAUUGUAAGAUGUCGAUGCGUUACUGGGGCUACAAUCACUGCCGAUUUACUCGGUCGUACUAUGGGCAGCCGUCCGGAAGCUUUCAAGGCACUUGUUCUGCGCUCCAUGUUGCGUCACGGACGUUUUAUCCGCGUCCUCGGACCCGUUUUCGUUCAGCUCAAAUCCAUUCUAUCGCCCUACUGGAGACAGCCGCAACCGUUACGCUACGCCGCCUGGACGGUUAUCCGCCGACACUCUUCGCCAGUCAAAAGCUGGGCAAGAGAAUUACAGCAGAUGGGACUUCCCCCAUCAGUCCUACGCUAUCUUACAAUGGAGGAUUAAUAGCAAAUUAAAUUAUCAUUACUUGUUUUCGUAUUGAGUUCAAGAACUUGAGCUCCGCUUGUGUUUGUUGGUCGGUAUUUUCUUGUACAGAAGUAACAAAACGUUAUUUGUAAAUAGCCGUUAUAUGUAUGAAAUAAAGAAAUGAAAAAUUG